UUUCUGCUGCAGAAAGAAUACACCAAGGACCCCAGGAGGAGCCUUCCUUCUAGCACGCCUUCCUGUAGGUCCCUAUCAUCCAGCGACGGUGGGGGUGGGCCCAGCAGCCACUCUGGCCACUCCCACCUGUCUGACAGAGAGGUCACCCGAAACUUGCAAGAAGGCAUCAGGCACCGCAUCUGCUACCUGUCCGAGCAGCUGCGAGUGGAGAGGGCCAGCCGGGAUGAGAACAUAAUGAGCUACCUCAAGCUGGUGGCCAGUGCUGACCGUCAUCAGGCCGCCCACAUCCGGCGGGCCUUCGAGAGAGUGAACCAGCGCACCUCGGCUAUCAUCUCGCACAUUGAGUGCAGGCUCCGCCAGUGCUGCCAGCAGCUCCAGGAACUAGAGGGACAUAGGCCCACUGGUCCGGCACCCCAGGCAGAAGGUGGCUCAGACAAGGAUGACCAGCCCAGUGAGCCCAGCACUGCUGGAGCCUGCACACCCAAGACUUGCCCCUCCAGCCCAGGGCGGCAGCAAGAGCUCCUGCUGCACGAGGCUGAGGAGGUCAGGAGCUCAUGCUUGGGCCUGCAGGGGCCCUACCAGGACCUCCAAGACAGGUAUCUGAUGGACCUGCCUGUGUUUCUGGAGUCCCUCCAGGAGCAGAGGUGCAGACGCACACUGGUGGUGGAACAGGUAGACAGCCACCUGCAGAGGCAUCGUGAUGAGAUUUACCACUUCCAGCAGGGCCUGGCCUGCACGGAAGAGAAGAUGGCCUACCUGUCCUACGAGUGGGCCAAGGAAAUAUGGGAGGUCAUGGAGGUUUUCAAGAGCCGGCUGGCCAAGCUGGAGGCCCUGCAGCAAACCGCCCAGGUGGAGGUGACAGCACGGCUCCGGAGCCGCCCCGGGGAGCUUCUGCUCCAGUUCAUGAGCCUGCUGCUGGUCCUCGCCUGUGCCACCCUGGCGUGCGUGUCUACCAUAUGCUCCUGCCCCCUGCCCUGGGCUAGCAGGCGCCUGCGUAUGUGCACGGUGCUCACUCUGCUUGUGCUCGGGGCCCUGACCUGGCAGAAGCGACACGUCAUUGCUACCACAGACUGGCAGGUGUGGAUCCCUUCCAGGUGGAGACCAGAUGCCAAGAAUUCCAGGCCUUCGCCAGGAGGACCUCACAAGGAUGGAGGGCCACCCACCACCUGA